GUACUGCUCAUUGGCAUGUUUAUUUUGGUCAUAGCAGGGUAGCUUGGGCGUGUAGACCUCAUGGGAAGCGAAAUUCAUGCCCGUUAAAUAUCACAGUCAGAGUGCUCUUUAACCCAGAAAAAUGAAACUGAGGGACGUUUUUCAUGUCAGUUUUUCCUUAGUUAGUUUUUUGUUUAGUGCUGUAACAUUCAUCCAGCUGAUAUUUUUCUUGUCCCACUUACCGAAGGAUGAAGAGAGUCAUUCAAAAGAUGACAUACGUGGUUUUGAGGAUGCCAUAUGGCCUUUGCUGGUUGAUUUAGCAUUACUUUAUUUGUUUGUUCUGCAACAUUCUGUAAUGGCAGAACCAUAUGUAAAAGAUUUUUUUGUGUCUCAUGGUGCUUCAGUGAUCCAGCGAAGCAUUUAUGUUCUUCUGUCAUCUGUGGUUCUGCAGGUUGUUUUCCAGUAUUGGCAGUAUGUCCCAUGGCUAACGCUUUGGCACAUUGAUACUACACAGAGCAGUAUAAAACUGUGGUGUUUUGCAGUGAUUCACUGCUGUGCUUGGAUAAUGACGUAUGCAGGAGUGAUUAACAUGGAUGUGCUGGAUCUGUUGGGAGUGAAGCAGGUUUAUUUUGACAUUAAUGGCUGGGGGCAACCAGAUAUAUACAAGUCAGCAGAGCUUAGACGUUUUUACCAACAUAUGCGACAUCCAACAUUUCUGGGGUUUUUGACCAUUUUCUGGUUGUAUCCUAUAAUGAGUAUUGAUCGUUUACUUCUGGCGUUUAUAUGGACAGGUUACAUGAUAAUUGGUUGGAACGUUGAUCGCAAAGACUUGUUGUAUAUUAAAAAACAAUUUAAUAACAAGAUGGUGGAGCUUUCUCCAAAUAAAUACCUUACUUUUUAUGAGAGAAGCAAGCUUUCGUAAUGAUUCCUGUUUUGUGUAAACUUGGCUGCUAAUUUAUACAAAAAAAUAACAAAUGGAUUCCGCUGAUAAGCAUAUAAAACCAGAAACAUCAGUUGGCCUGCAUCCUUUUUGUGGUGACUUACUAUUGCAUAAAUUACACUCUCUUAGCACUGUUUGAAUAAGGUUACCCAAUGAAGAAUAGCAGCACAUAUUUUCAGAAAUGCUUACCAUUGUGUUAUCUAUAUGUAAUAUUAUAACUUUCAUUUUGAGAAUGUUUACAGUAAUUAUUGGAAGAGAGUUAAGUUAUAUGAGAUAGUGAAGAGACAAAUAAAUAUACCCAUUCUCCCAAUGGUCUUUAGCCAUUGAAAAGAAUUGGCAAUUGUCAGUACAUAUGAAAAAAACCACAUGUUUUCACAAAUUGAGGUGUAAUACUUAAAACACCAAAGCAAUACGAAGUUAACAUUGCCCCGUUUUCCAAAUAAGUACAAAAUUUACAUGUGAUGAUCUCAUAAUGUAAAAUUUUUUGUUUUCCCGUGUCAUGCUUCUCAUAUCAGUGUGGUGUGUUUAUUAAUAGUGAGUGAUUGAUUACAAACUUUUCAUGUGCUAGUCCUCAGCGCUUUAACAGAUACACAGAGUUGCAAGAAAUUUGUAGCCUUUGUAUUUGAUAAAUGAAUUAUUACUUUUCUCCCAUUUAUUUCAGUCUGUUAAUAGAUACAUUAUUUAUAAACAAAGCAAUAAUAGUAUUGGAUUGUUGUAGCAUAAUUACCAUCUCAUUAUGCUUCAAAGCUAUAGUUGUGCUGUAUUUAAGAUUACACUGUGCAUGCUACUUUCAUUUAGGAAAUUGUUUAGGAUAUGAACUAUUCAUUUUGAAUUGUUAGUUCAUAUUCUCCCAAACAGUUUGUGCUAUACUAUAUAGUUUUCCUAUCUAUAUGUCUUGGGCCUUUCAGAGAGAAUAGUCCCUUUUCAAGCCUUACUUGUAUUAAUUCCAGUAGUACAGGCAUAAACUUCUAAUCUUUUUAAACUUAUUUGUCAGUAUUAAUAACCACUUAAUUUUCUAUCACUUACAUUUUAUAUAUAUAUAUGUGCCACCAGGACCUUUUGUAAUCCCAUCAAGGCAGUAUACUCUUUGCUAAAUAAGUUUGCCCUACAGCGUGGAACACUUUUUUGUUUUGUUUUUUAGUAAUGAUGAUCACAAGUCAGUGUACUAUUAUUUUAAUGAUGAUUCUUGAAACAUGCAUUUUGUAUGGCUGUGACCAUUACAAAGAAUUUGGUCAUGUAAAUACCAAGCAGUGUAGUGCAAUAAAUGGUGCUUAUUGACAAUCAUAUUCAGCUUAUCACAGCCUUACAACUUAAUAUCUGUAUUUUAUUACAAAUUAUACUUAACACUAUAUCUGCAAAAAUAAUUAUAAAAAUGCUAUGCACUGAUCAAGGAGUUUCUGUGCUAAGGAUGUUAAUUAUUUGCUGUUGACUUUUUUUACGGUGUUAUUUAAUAUUUUUACAGAGUAUAUUUAAGAAGAGUUAUUUAUUUUGUAUUGUGUGUGUAUU